UCAGAAUCAAAACAAGUCAUACGUAAAUAGUUCUACAGAGAUGUCAAAGAUCGUUGUUCUUGGAGGAGCAGGGUUCCUAGGUAAGCGUAUAUGUCAGGCAGGUGUCAAUGCGGGCUUUCAAGUGACCUCCCUUACUCGUUCAGGUAAGCCUCCAAGAGGUGUGACUCAUCAUGAUGCCCACUGGUUAACCAAAGUUCAAUGGCAAAGUGCAGAUCUGUUUGACCCGUCUAGUUAUAAACACCAUCUUGUCGAUGCCCACACUGUGGUGCAUUCUGUUGGAAUCUUAUUAGAGAACCAGAACUACAAAACUGCUGUCAAUUCCAACUCGUCCGUACUCUCUGAAUUUGUGAACUUUGUUAAACCUUCUAAUCCAUUAGCAAAGAUUCCACGUAAUACGUAUACUGAGGUGAAUAGAGACUCGGCCUUGUUACUGGCCGAGACAUAUGUCGCCGAGACAAAAGUUGAUUCACCAUCUUUCGUUUACAUAUCUGCUGAUCGAGGAUUCCCAGGGCUUCCCUCAGGUUAUAUCACUUCAAAGAGAGAAGCCGAAGUGGAACUCUCACUUUUGAAAGGCUUGAAAUGUCUAUUUGCCAGACCGGGUUUUAUGUUUGAUGAGGACGUCCAUGAUGAUACCAUGCGUGAGACAAUUCAUAAAUUUGUUGAUGCCCUGGACUGGGGAAAUAAAACUCUACUCGGUAGUCGUAUCCCUGUGUUGAAUGAUCUGGUCAGACCAACUAUAUCAACCCAAAGAGUUGCCCAUGAAAUUGUUGAUAGCAUCCAGAAUAACAGGUUCAACGGUGUUUUAAGUCUUGAUGAGAUGUUACAUAAAUAAAAGAACAAUUCUCUGAAGAUUGAUGAAUACACGCCUAUAUAC